GCCUCCAUCACGAGGGAUUGUUCCGUAUCCCGGGAUCCCAGAGCGAGGUCAACGACAUCAGGAACGCCUUCGAGAGAGGCGAAGACCCCCUCGACACAAUGAACGAACACAACCUCGACUCGGUCGCUGGGGUCCUCAAACUCUACUUCCGCGGUCUCAGCAAACCCAUCUUCCCCGUGGAGUCCUUCAGCUGCCUCAUCGCCUGCGUCGAGACGGAGGACCUGUUGGAAAGGGCUCACAAAAUCAAGGCGGUCGUGUCAACGCUGGAGCCGUCCAUCGUCAUCGUCAUUCGCUACCUCUUCGCAUUUCUACAUCAUGUCUCCCAGUACAGCGAUGAGAACAUGAUGGAUGCCCAUAACCUGGCGGUGUGCUUUGGACCGACCCUGGUAACGGUACCCGCAGACCAGGAUCCUGUCUCCUCGCAGGGCCGGGUCAAUGAGGUGGUGAAGACUAUCAUCGUGCACCACGAUAGGGUCUUCCCCGGAUCGGAGCUACUGCCAGGACCCAUCUACGAGAAGUGCAUGACCCAGGAGGAAGAUUAUUGCGACUCCCUGCAAAGUGACAACGUCAUCGAGGAAUGUGAACAGGACGUCUUACUGGACAUUCAUGGGAGUGAGGAUGAUUCCCCGGGGGGGGCCGGCCUCCGGGCGAUGGUCCUGUUCGAUUACGUGGCUCGCUCUGUCUCCGAGCUCUCCCUCCGGAAGGGGGAGAGUCUCCGCCUCCUCCAAAGGGUCUCCGAUGAUUGGUGGAGAGGGGAGACCAGCCAAGGGACGGGGCUGGUUCCAGACAAAUACAUCCAGCUUCCAGAUACUGUUGAUGCUGGGAGUGGACCCUGGCCUGAACCUGGAUCUGAGCUCGGUUCCACUGAGGAGAGACCAGACAGCAGCAGGGACGCCUCGCUGAGUGACCCGGAGAGUGAUCCCGUUCCGAGAAGACGGAGUGGGAGCAGUCCCAUCAGGAGACGCUUUCCCGAUGGCGCCUUGCGGAUCCCGGUUUUCCAGCCGACUGCCCCUCGGCCGCUGCGGAGCCCGGCCCUGGAGGAGAGACUCGGCCUGGGGACUGGGAUCCAGGAGAGGAGAAAUACCCUUGACCUGUACCAGCUGACCCACAGCCCCAGGCCGGUGCGGACCGCCGCUGGCUCGGCCGGGAAAUUGGAUCGGCAGCAUUCCGAGAGACCGGCAACCGAAGUCAACAAGGACAUGGUGAGGAACAUGGACUCGGUCUUCCGUGAACUCCUGCAGCACAGGCGCCAUAAGUCGAGCUCGGAGGAGGUUCAGGAUCCCAGGAGAGCGGAAACUCCGGGGUCCCAGGGCACCGAGGUGCGCCGGAGCAGCAGUGGGGCGAUAGAUAGGCCACCCACGAAGCAGGGACCUCCCUCCAAGCAAGGGGUAAAGGCCAGAGCGACCGCACUGUUCAAACCCUCAGGCGGGGGCACAGGAGAGGGCGCCCCCUAG